AUGUCUGUAAUCCCAACCAUAGAGCAAAAACUUCAAGAGGCGACAAUAUCUGAUAACGAACAUGAGCAGCUGAGACAGAGACAACGAGUUGCAGUACAGGCUAUUAGACAAUUCCUCAAAUCAAAGACAUCUUAUGAUGUUUUACCCGUUUCUUAUAGACUGAUUGUGUUGGACACGUCGUUGCUGGUCAAGAAGUCGCUAAAUAUCUUGCUACAAAACAACAUCGUCUCAGCGCCGCUGUGGGACCCGAAGACUUCGAGGUUUGCCGGGUUGUUGAACUCCUCGGACUUCAUCAACGUUAUACAGUACUACUUCCAGAACCCGGAUAGGUUCGAAUUUGUUGAUAGAUUGACUCUGAACGGGCUGAAGGAUGUCGAGAAGGCCAUUGGUGUUGAACCCAUAGACACAGGUUCGAUCCAUCCCUUCAAGCCGUUGUACGAUGCAUGUGUUAAGAUGAUCGAGUCCCGUUCCAGAAGAAUCCCCCUAAUCGACGAGGAUGAAGAUACGCAUAGAGAGAUCGUCGUCUCGGUGCUCACCCAAUACCGUAUCUUGAAGUUUGUCUCCUUGAACUGCAAAGAGACGGAAGAUCUACAAAUGUCCUUGGAAGAGCUGGGCAUCGGCUCCAAUGGCCCAAUAUCAACGGCUACUCUGGACACACCAGUGAUUGACGUUAUCCAGCUACUGUCACACGGAUCUGUGAGUUCCAUCCCUAUUGUGGACGAAACCAACAAGUUGAUCAACGUCUACGAGGCGGUGGAUGUGUUGGGCCUCAUCAAAGGUGGAAUCUAUAACGAUUUGACGCUAAGCGUUGGCGAAGCCCUCAUGAGAAGAUCAGACGAUUUCGAAGGCGUCUACACGUGCACGGUGAAGGACAGACUCGCCACGAUACUCGAUAAUAUCAGAAGAUCAAGAGUGCAUAGACUCUUUGUUGUUGACGAUGAAGGCAGACUUGUCGGGGUUGUGAGUCUGAGCGAUAUCCUAAAGUACAUUCUAUUCGGAGAGAUGGAGUGA